AUGAAUCAUGGGCAUCUUGAGGUUAACCCCAAGCUGGACGAGUUGAUGCACCGGUCUGACGGAGAGACCCUAGGACGGCACAUCGACGAGGCCUCCCAACUAGGUUCAGAUCUUCUCCGUAAGUCCCAAGCCCCACGCCAUGGGCAUUCGUAUCACCCCGAGGCAGUGGUGGUGAAGGCAGCUCAUGAAUACACUAAAAUGGUCCACCGCGACCUGGAUUAUCUUGCCACGGAGCUCCAAUCGGAGCACCACAAAACCAAAGAUUCGCUUCCUCUUCAUGAGCGCGAUCACAAGAGUGGUCAUGGCCAUCAGCAUGGCCAUCACAAUCAAGAACACCAGCCAACUGAGCAUCAUCAUCAUCAUCAUCAUCAUCAUCAUCAUUCAUCAAGUCAUGAUCAUGUUUCAGAUCGUGUUGGGAAGGUCGAUUCUCUCUGCUCUAGGAAAAUCCAUGUUUGGACAGGACACCAUCAGGGUGGACAGCAGGUGGCAACCAGUUCAGAAUCUGUCAAUUUUGGAGAAAAGCCCAUUGAGCUGGUGGACAAAUUCUACUACGACCGUGACGACAUGGUUGAAAGGCUGAUGUGA